AUGAGGAGAGGGGGAGAGUUAGAAGAAUUAGAGAUGGGUACUCUGUACAAGUAUAUAUCUGAGGACCAGUGGCAUGAUGCAAAAGCAUUCAUUGAACUCCAUCCUAGGGUCUUGGACGUAGAAUUUGCAACUUCAAUGGGCGAAACGCCUCUUCAUGUAGCUGCAAAGUUUGGCCAUCAGAACAUAGUAAAGGAGUUGGUGAAAUUAGUUCCAAAAGACUAUCUUGAAAUACGUGAUGCUUGUGGUUGUACUCCGCUUGCAGUAGCUGCAUCAUAUAGUGGAGUCAUCCCAAUUGCAAGCUGCUUGCUCGAAGAAAAUCGCAAAGCACUUAAAAUUCCAUUAGGAGACUAUGAGUGGAACAUUCCUGUCACAAUGGCUUUUCGUAUUGGCAGCAACCAAAUGGGACGUCAUCUCUAUUUUGCCAUUGGUGAUGAUUUGCUAGUCUUCAAAGAAAACCCCAUUGUGGGUCCUUUGUUCCUCAGAACCUGUUUCAUGACUGGAGAACUUGGUAUUGCUUUGGAUUUGCUCCAACGAUGUAGAGAGCUGAUUUUUGCUGCUGAUCAUCUGUACUCAACAAUUGAGCACAUUGCAUUCUAUCUUUCGGAUUCUCUCAACAAAACUCAACUUCGGUUUUGGAAGCAAUGGGUUUAUCACUAUAUCAAAAUACCACCAGCCACGGCUACUAAUCAAAUCCGUGUAGACAUGCAAUUAGAGGACGAGAUGAGUAGCAGGGCCGAAGGGAUGAAGGAAAUACAUAAGCUCAAGUUGCAACAUACACGGGCAACUGAAAUUCUAGAGCUGGCUUGUAACAAUCUGACAUUUCUGAAUGAGGAUAAAAAGCGUAUGAUUGGAAAAGCAAUGUUGGCGGCUGCUAAAUCAGGGAAUGUUGAGUUUUUUAAGAAGUUAUCAACAGCAAACCCGGAAUUAAUCUCAAUAGUCACUUUUUCCCAACAAAAGGAGAAUGCUUUCUUCAGUGCUGUUAAAUAUCGUCAAGUCGAGAUUUUUAACCUCCUCCGUGGGUUUCGCUUUAAGAAUGUGGUAGCAGCAAUGUUCCUUGAGAAUUACAAUAACUUGCUGCACACAGCAGCAAAGUUGGCUCCUCCUUCCCAACUUUACCGCAUCCUUGGCGCCGCUAUGCAAAUGCAAAGGGAAUGGCAGUGGUUUAAGGCAGUACAGAGUAUCGUGAAUCUUGGAAUUGAGCGUCGUCAUAACAAAGACAAGUUGACUCCUCUAGAGUAUUUCAGAGAAAACCACAAAGAACUCAGGAACAAUGGGGAGAAAUGGAUGAAAGAUACUGCAACUUCUUGCUCAGUUGUUGGUGCUCUAAUUGUCACCAUUAUGUUUGCUGCAGCUUUUACUGUUCCUGGUGGAAAUGAUCAAGCAUCUGGGCACCCAAUAUUUUUGAAGGAAAAAUUGUUCAGAGUUUUCUUAAUUUCAGAUGCAGUGUCCUUGUUUGCUUCUACUUCUUCUGUGCUUACAUUUUUAGGAAUUCUUACAUCACGAUAUGCAGAAGAUGACUUCCUUUACUCCUUACCUACAAAAUUGAUCAUAGGCCUCUCUGCACUUUUUCUCUCAAUUGCAACUAUGCUGAUAGCCUUUUCCUCAGCAGUAAUCAUCAUGUUGCAACAGAACUCAUCACCUUUUUUGGCUUUUCUUCCUGUUAUUAUGCUUGCUAGCGUGCCCAUAACUAUCUUUGUUGUAAUGCAGUUCCCUCUUCUUGUUGAAAUAAUUUAUUCUACAUAUGGUCCAGGCAUCUUCCGGAAGGUGGAGAAGUGGCCAUGA